AGAAAUAAAAAAACCAUGUGGACUUUCUCUCAAAUCCCUUUCAAUUCCGGAAAGCCAUAUCCAAAGGAAAUAUUCUCUACCUUUUCCCACCCAAAAAAUCCCCAAGCCAACCAAAUUCACUCGUUCCAUAUCUCUCUCUUUUCUAUUCUGUUCUUUUGUUUUUGUUCCUUCACCAAUCACUUGUGCAGCAAACCCCGUCUUCUGCCCUGUGGCACGACUGAAUCCUCUCCGGGAAUAUGAUGUCCCGGCAACCGAACGGGGAGGACCUGGUCUCUUCGGAAAAUCCCAGCGGGUGGAUUUUUGAUGAUUAUGGUUUGUUGGAGGACAUUCCUGUCCCUGGUGGUGAUCUUCCCUCACUUGACCCGGCAGCCCCAAUCUGGUCAUCUCAGUCCCUUCCUUGCUCCACUCCUCCUCUCAGUGUUGAAUUUAAUGAAUCGUUUGGGAAUUCAGACAGUCUUAACGAAACAGGCUUCCGAAAACGGGCGAGGUCUGGAUCAUGCAGUGCAUCUGGCUCCAAAGCUUGCAGAGAAAAGAUGCGAAGGGAUAGGCUAAAUGACAGGUUCCUGGAAUUGGGUUCUAUCCUAGAUCCUGGAAGGCCUCUCAAAGUGGAUAAGGCUGUUAUAUUGGUUGAUGCCGUUCGGAUGGUUACUCAAUUACGGGAUGAAGCCCAAAAACUGAGGGAGUCAAAUGAGAGUCUGCAGGAGAAGAUCAAUGAGCUAAAGGCUGAAAAGAAUGAACUUCGUGAUGAGAAACAGAGGCUAAAGACUGAAAAAGAGAAUCUCGAGCAGCAAGUCAAGGCCUUGGGUACUCAGCCAGGAUUCCUACCUCAUCCUCCUGCUAUUCCAACUCCAUUUUCUACUCCAGGCCAAGUUGUUGGUGGCAAGCUGGUGCCCUUCGUUGGCUACCCUGGAGUUUCCAUGUGGCAGUUCUUGCCUCCUGCUUCUGUUGAUACGUCACAGGAUCAUAUUCUCCGCCCUCCAGUUGCAUAAGCUGGCAGGCUGUUAUUUUGUGUCUGCCGUCCUCAUCAUAAAGAGCCAUUGUUCAUUACUAUAUUUGUCAUUGAUCGUGGUGGUUUUCUUUUCAUUUUGUCCUUUUCACCCUUUACGCCCCCCCCUUGGGAAAGAGUAUGACAACUGAAAGCCAUGUGCGUAGCUUGAAACUCUCAUCAAUUGAGUGCUCAGAUGAUAACAUCUAAUUUUGUACAACUAAAUUUUGGUAAAUUAUGUUGCCAAAUCUUUUAAUCUAUGCCUAUGUUUGCUAAAGUAAGAAUAUCAUGCAGUUAGUUACAAGCUACACAGCUUGUGUAAUUUGGACUUAAACUUAAGUAAA